UUGUUGUUAAUCGAUGAUUCAGCAUUUCAUAACCUUUUGAAGCCAUAAAGUUUCUCUAGUCUCUCCACUCUCUAGUCGAUAUAUAUAUGUAAAUAAGAUACUUGAGUUUUAGAACUUAAGAAAGAGAAACAGAGUUUGUUCCUUUUGCUUCGAUGGAUUCAUAUAUAAAAUUUUUGUUUCUGCAUACAUUUCAGAACAAAGUGUGCAUGUUUUUAUAAUAUAGAAUUAAAUUCACUUUGAGCUUUCUCUUUAAAGUGAUUCUUUUACACACAAAUUUUCUCUUUUGCAAGUCAUUUUGGAAGUUUUGGUAUCAAAGAAUAUAACUAACACAAACGCUUUAGUCCAAAGGAAAACAUCAAAUUCCUCCUUCCUUUACAAACAAAGUAUUAUUUAAAUUAUCACAGUUAAAUCACAUUACUCUAAUCCUAUUCAAUCUUGAACUCAAAAAAAAUGAACAUCUCCACUCAUGGAUGUUCAAUCAGAAAAACCAAAAUAUUUCUGUCAUGGAAAAUUCUGUCACGAACAUUCUUUCAAGAGAUCCUGUCUUUUUCUUUUCCUUUUCAUUUUCUUUGUACUUUUACUAAUAGGAAUAGCUGCAUUGAUCAUUGCCUUUGUCAUAAAGCCUAAAAGCCCUAUUUUUAGCCUCCAAUCAGUAAAGCUUGAUUUAUAUGAGUUGAAUCCUCAUUUGGGUUCAACUCUUUUCAUUUCCUCUGUCAUUACUUUGACUCUAAGUGCUCAAAAUCCUAACAAAGUUGGGAUUAGAUAUAGUCCUUCUCGACUUCAUGUCUAUCAUGAAGGAUUGUCUAUUGGGACAAUUCGGGUCCCGGGGUUUCUACAACCUGCUCACAGCUAUAACAUGACUGUUCCAACAAGGAUUUUGUUUCAAUCUGUGAAUGUCAGCCAUAUUUUUGAUGUGGCUUCAAUGCAAGAAGAUUCUAAGAAAAACAUGAUUCAGAUGAAAAUAAUGGGAGAUGUUAAGACUCACUUGUUGGCAUUUCAUGUAACCCUUUUAAAGAUUAAGGUUGCCUUGGAAUGUGACAUAGACGUUGAUGUUAAACAACUUUCAAUCCAAAUUGAAGUUUCAAACAUAAAAAGAGUAAAUGAUCACAUGGCAUCCUUAUUUCCUACCACUGCUCAGACCAUCUUCAGAAAGUGCGCAUUAGCUUUUUACAUCUAACGCCACACCUUCAAAUGAACUGUUACGUUAAAUUCACAAACUUCGAGUUCAUUUUGAAGAUAGAUUCUUCUAUGUUUGUGACAUAAACGCUCUUUUUUUUUUUGACUUUUUAUGUAAUUAAUUUCAAGUGCCUCUGCCUCUGCCACUGCCAUUCAUGCAUGCCCUGUUGUAUAUAUUAAUUCAUUGCUAUAUUCAUUUCACAACAUGACAUAACGUACAAUUGACAAUCAACAGAGGAUUAAUCAAACUAUAUAUCUAUAUAUGUAUAUUUAUAGCAUGAAACAACACGGAAAUAUAGGUAUAGAGCAACAGUGGCAACUGCAAUA